GUGCUGUCAGAGGUUGGUGAUCAUGGUGAGUCCAUGCAGCAUUGGAAGCAGGUGUGAACAAUCUACUAAUGACUGCCUGAGUGGAAUAAAAGCAGAGCUGAGAGUUUCAAAGUGAAGCUGCUGUCUCAUCUAGAAAGAACUGCACGACACUGACAAACUGAUAAGAGAUGUCUGGUCGUGGAAAGAAAGCUGCACCCCAAAAGAGCUCUUCAGUGUCCCGGUCAUCCAGGGCAGGAAUCACUUUCCCCGUAGGCCGUAUCCACAGGCUGCUGAGGAAAGGCAACUAUGCAGAGCGGGUUGGCAACGGCUCUGCAGUGUACCUGGCCGCUGUCCUGGAGUACCUCUGUGCUGAAAUCCUGGAACUGGCAGGAAACGCCAGCCGAGACAACAAGAAGGGGCGCAUCGCCCCUCGGCACAUCCUGUUGGCGGUGAAGAACGAUGAGGAACUCAACAAACUGCUAGCAGGGGUCACGAUCUCAGAGGGUGGUGUCCUCCCAAACAUCCAGGCGAGCCUCCUUCCCAAAAAGACCAAAGCAUCCAAGGCUGACGACACAGUUAAAGAUGUCCAGUCUCAAGACUUUUAAAUGUGACUGUGCAAUGGCUUAUAUUUUUUUCAAAUAUUAAAGUUAUUAGUCUUUUAAA